GCUGGUUCCGUCAGCUCGCAGGUAUAAGUUGCUGGUCGUGGAGAUGAGAGAGCGGGAGCGAGGGCGGGAGCGGAGCCCUCAACCAUCACCGGGAUCUCAAUCACAGAAUGACCGUACCAAAGGAUCCAAAGCCUGCUGUUUCUGCUGGUGCUGCUGCUGUAGCUGCUCGUGCCUAACGAUGCGGAACACUACGAGUGACUCUAACGGGAAGAAGGAUACACCGCUCGACAUUGUUAACGGGGAUUCAAACGAGAUGCCGACCCUAGAUGAGAUAAGACUAUGGCAUCAAUCGUUUGACACUCUUAUGAGUAGCGGAAAGGGGAGAAGGAAAUUCCGGGAAUUCCUCCGCUCGGAAUACAGUGAAGAGAACUUGUUAUUUUGGCUUGCCUGUGAGGAGCUUCACAAGGAGACAAAUACAGCCUCGGUGGAGGAGAAAGCAAGGCUCAUUUACGAGGAUUAUAUAUCCAUUCUUUCACCAAAGGAGGUUAGCCUCGAUUCAAGCACACGCGAGAUAGUGAAUAAUAAUAUGGUAGAUCCAACCAUUCACGCGUUCGACGAGGCUCAGAAACAGAUCUACAUUCUCAUGCUACGGGACUCCUUCCCGCGAUUUUUAAAUUCCAAAAUGUUUCGCAACCUCAUGGAGACAGCAAGUCGCAGGGAGCCUUGACUAGAGACUAGUUCAUCGUUAUGGUAACGACCUCAUACAUCUCGUCUCACAUGUGAAUGUGGCAUACACCAUUGAUGACUUGUUUUAUUAAUUAGGUUUAUUUCAUCUGUUCGUUGUAUAACUCGGCAUACUUUUGAGAGAACAUCAUCAACGUGUAAGACUUCAUUCGUAUCAUGCCGUCGUCACAACAUUAUACUGUAUUUUUGUGUAGACAUGUGUUUCUUUUUUUAAACGGAACUGGUCUUUAUUUCUUAUUAGUGUGAUGUGAGGUUGUGACGUUACCUUCUGUAGACAGAAUGGUACACACCUCUGGUAGGCAUCGGGUAGUGCUGAAACGCGAUGAGCCGGAUCUUACAGGACUCUCCCAUGUGUCGUAUCUGGCCUUCAAAAAUGGCGCGAAAGUCUCACGUUGGAUAAAGGAUGAACGUUGCCGUUUCAGCAAUCGCUGUGUUUAGAUCGUGGCGGAGUAGUGGAUUUAACUUCACAGCACAUGGGGUGUUUAGAGAAUUAGCGCGCUUUUUGUUUCUCAUGAGAGGGAGUGUUACGCACGUUCAUCUGCACAAAACUAUGAUGUAGUGUUUCAACCUGUCGCGUCCAUCGGCUGUUUAUGUCGUCUUGAUUCACCACGUUUGGGUCCAUGACACCGCGUGCUCGUCAGAUGAACAGCAAUCUGUGUAACGUGUUCCUUAAAAGCGUCUGAAUAGUGUGGAGACAUUUUUCAACAAUCAUUGUGUGUGUCAAAAAAGAAAUCUGUUUUUAAAGCACAAACACCGUAGAGAUUUUGAGAAAAAUACUACAGCGAACACGAAGCUGUGAAUUUUGUCAAUCAUUCAUUAGGAGAAAAAUCGAACAGGCCUACGCUUUUUUAUAACCAAUAACUUGAGCUCGCGAAAAGAAACGGUGUCGUGUACUGUACCAUUUUGUUGUCAAUUGACGCACGGAUUGCCUACGCGGAGGCUUCGCCGGAUGUGUGGCGGUGGGCAUGAUAUGGAAUCGACUAAUUGUUUCUUUUCCUCAGUCUCGCUAAGGAUAUAUAUAAUCGAUUCUAUUCCAUCCGUUUUGUGCAUCCGGGUUUUCAAGUGUCCUUUUGUUGAUAUCUCGUUUGUAACCAAACAAAAGACAGGCAUAAUGGACCUUGAGGACUUUAACAACUCAUAACAAAACUGAUCAUACAACUGUCGAAAGAACAGCGUAUCAAAAGCUCAUUUCUUCCAGGGAAAUUUACAAAGUAAUAUCACGUGUACAUUUUGGCUUUCUUCUAGAAUGCAAAUGUUAUUUCCAUAUUUUUUGUGACAAUUUUUUUUCCUCGACUUUUUUCUGACUCAAACCUCGUGGAUACUUCGCUUUAGCUGCCUUUGAGGACCACCAAUACCUUCCACAAACGUUCCAGCGAAAUAUACCCGUUCGCACCAAUGACAUGACCGAGCCUCGUUUUGGAAACACAGAGAAGAAUAUGGCUAGCGACAACUCCAGUGAUUCCUCACCGUCGAUGUGUCAGUUUAUUUUUAUUGAUUUGUUCAGUCAUCCAGAGUUGUAAAUCUAGAUGACCGUUAUUUGAUUGAUUGUUUUGACCAAGUGUGAUAUCAGCUGGGAAUCUGAUGUUGACGAUUUCGUGAUGAUAGCUCUGCUGCAACACUGGACCCAUCAGGGAAGCUGUUUGCCAACUUUUGCAGAAUUUUGACAACGGCGGGUGAUAUACGCACGCUUCGUGUAUGUGUAUUGCAGAAUGGCUCAGGAACCAAGAUAUACCCCCGCCAACCUUUGGGUCAUACAGACCUAUAACAACGUAGUGAAAGUGAUGUUUCAAACAGUAAAGAAUCAGACCUCAAGGGGACAUCAUGACAGGCCUAAUCCAUGAAGAGUAUUCGCGUUACAAAUAGUGUUACAAAAAGUGUUUAGGCAAUACUUAAGAUUUUAAGGCCACAGUAUGGUAUUAAAAGUGAAAAAAAAUAACCAUAAUAAGAUUGUCAAUUUGACGUAUUUGUACAAGUUUAAUUUUAAAGCGGGGAGGGGACCAGUGUAUUUCUCUCCAUUUUAAAUUGAAAGAUCCUCUAUGCUGCUCACAGUCACGCUGACAGUAACUAUAGGUGAUCUGGUGAGAUGGUUUAUGUGCCUAUUUGUAUUGAAAAUAAUAUGUCCCAGAGGUUUCCGACAGAAUAUGCAAGUCGUCUCGAGAGCCUUGCAACUGUAUUUUCUACCAUUGCUUUUAUUACAAAGCCAUUACGAUUUUUAAGUUUCGAAGCGUUGGGAAACAGUUGUAUCAAGUUCAGUGCCAAUGUCUAGAUACGUUAAGGGCGAGCAGGUAAAGUAUAAUACAAAAAAAAAAUCAGGCAAUGUUUAAACAAAAUUGGUAAAACUGAUUUGAAGUGAUUUGAAUCGAAGUCACAAGCAAUGCUUUAUUGCUAUAUUUAUUGUUAUUGCUAAUUAUUUGGACUUUACGACAAGAGCCAUCUUGACACCGGUAAGAAUAAUGAAAAACCAAUGGGGAGCGUGGCCGAUAAUAACGCACCUGCGUUACAUCGCCACGUUCGGGGCCCUGACGCACAGAGCAUAGCAAUUUAUGGUACAAUAUUAUUAUGUUUUCCCGAUUGAUCGCAUCAACCACAAUGUGCAGUCAGUUGGGAAAAUCAAUCGUACGACGGGCCGUACGAUCAAUCGCAAAGCUUUGUGUUAUUUUAUUUGGCCCUUGUUCACAGAACUAAUGUGGUGGAACAAAGAACAUGUUUGUGGGAUCAUUCUCUUACAUACCUAGGAGUAGGCCUAUUCGGUUGGAUUAAUCUUUUUCUCAGCGUUCUGUAGAGCACAGGGGGAUCUCGUUCUAUGCGUAAAACCAGGAAAUGUUUCACAAAGAUUCAAAUGUAACCUGGAAUCCCUUAUGAACCGCACUUAAGUUCCCAAUUGCUUGCGGUAUAUAAGGCCUUACCGUAUUGGUCAAACGCCUGUUCAGAGGAAGCACGCUUCUGCUUUAUAAAUCAAUGAGAUUGCGCGUUUAAUAUCAUGUGCGCGUCUGUCGACAGCCCGACUUUCAGUUACACUUCAAUCCUUGUGAAACAGUCCCAGGGCGUAAAUUCUCCGUCGAUGGACCUCUACAUUAUUCCCGACGCCGAAGCAUAUUGUCACUUAUGGGUUUGGGUGAAAGAAGCAAAAUAUUUGAUGUUAAGCACUAUAGGUGUAAGAAUCAUUGAUGCUUUAGUAACAAAAUCUUUGUGGACGUAAAAUGAUGCUUUUGAAAUGUAUUUUGAAUUUGUUGUAAGUUGAUUUUCAAGACAAUGGGAUACGCCAUGAAGUAGUUCAGAUACUGUUAAGGUAAUGCUGAUAACAUACUGUUUUGAAUGUUAAGUAUCUUUAUACUGGAAUGCCCUCUGAAUCCAUUGGCUUCACUGCACAAUUUCUGGUCACGAACACUACGAAUUAAAUGUCCAAGGGAAAUGUAGGACUUUUGGUCCUAUUGUUUGACUAACUGUUGCUGUGUGCCAGGAGGUAGACUCCUCUCCAGUGCUUGUCUUGCAGUUACGUGUUUCUUGGGCUUUUUGGUAGAUAUAGUUCUCUACACAGACAAGACGAAAAACGAGGUUCAACGGCUAACGACGAGUCUACUAUAUUGACGAAAUUUUAAUAGAGAAUUACACACGUGUAUAUAGUAUUUGAUAGAAUUAUAGGUAUGUGUUGAAUAAGAAAACAAAUGUCGGACAGUAAGGCUUGCGUGAUUCUAGCUGCCUCCACAGAAAGGGACCAAAUUUACCAAUAAACAUUUUCUGCCAAUGUUUCAAGCGGUAGAACGUGUGAAAGGGGUCGCAAGCUGAUUAUGUGUUCACAUUUAUGACAUAUUUUGAAUAUUCCAGUUUUGUUGUUGGUUGUGAUUCUUGGUGUGUAAGUAGUGACAGAGCCUUGCAGCCAGAUUUGAACAAAAUACUUGUCACGA